UUUGUGUCUGGGGGCGUGGUCUGUGUGCGCGCUGCAGGUAAGCGGGGCAUUCUCGCUUCGUCCCGGAGCCGUACGCAGCAUGUCCAUGGAGGUGUGCGUCGAGGGGGGCGCUCCCUGGGGGUUCCGUCUGGCCGGGGGUCGUGAUGUCAGCAGGCCUCUCGUCAUCACACAGGUGACCCCGGGCGGUCGAGCGAGCCAGGCCGGGCUGUGCCCCGGGGACGCCAUCGUCUCCAUCUGCGGGGCGGACGCCGCGGAGCUGACGCACGCCGAGGCGCAAAACAAAAUCAAGACGUGCGGCGCAGUCCUGACUCUCCGGAUCAACAGACCGGAAACGCCUCCAACCUCACCGGCACUCGCCAUCAACGGCAAGGACCGAAGCUACCCUGGAAGCCCCGUGUCGCCCUUCUCCCCAUUCGCCGGAGAUAACUACAGCCGGCCGACCCCGAGACGCCCGGUGAGACUGAGCAGCGUGGACCGCGACUCGGAGCUCUACAAACUGCAGGAGGAGAACCGCCGGUCGGGCCAAGUGCCCAAGCAGUCGGGCUUCUUCCACAGGCUGCAGGGCAUGCUGGACGACAGCUCGGAGGGCAAGGGGAGCGCGGGAGAGGCGGACACACAGAACAGACACACCUGACGCACCAGUACACACAGCA